AUGGGCCGGGAUGAGCAGCAGUUGGGCAUCCAGCUGCCUAUUAUUGCUAUGGUGCUCUUUGGUGGAGGAAGAGGGAGAGAGCUUCCCGGCAGCCUGAGCUGCCUGAAUAACUACGUGAACACCGUGAGCUGCACAUGGGAGGUGGAGGAGCCUGUGGGCAAGGGACCCUUCCACUUGCACUUCACAAACCUCUGGUCAAAGGGCAAAAAUGCCAGCUGCAAACUGACUGCCAGAGAGAGCGUGCAGAAUCAAUACCACUGCACAGUCCGCUUAGCCAGCCAGAUCUUGGAAACAGAUGGUUACAGGGUCUUCCUCCAAGGCAACUUCUUUGGGAGCAAUCACACGUACGUUACCUUUCCAGAGUACAGCCCCCGCGAGCACAUAAAGCUUGAUCCACCUUCAAACCUCCAGGCCAACAUCACUGCCAGCAAGUGUCAGAUACGGUGGAGUGUGCCAUGGUACCUCACUGAAAUUCUUCAAUAUGAGUUGCAGUAUAAGGAGCACAGCACAUCCUGGGAGAUUGCAUCGAACAAAACACCUACUAGUUCACUGCCACAGAUAGAAAUUGAAGCCACAGAGUUUCUCAGUGGCAUCAUUUACAUUGCAAGAGUUCGCUGCAAAGUUUCUGAAAAUGAGCGUUCUUACCAUAGUCAGUGGAGUGAGUGGAGCCAGACAACACUGUUUCAAAGAGCAGGUAUUCCACAACUGUCAGAAAAGCUCUUUAAUAUCAGAACCACACAGUUCUUGUUCAUUCCUCUGAGUUUUGUUACUGUACUCUAUGUGUUUUGGAACUGCAAGCUUUCCUCAAGGGCAAAAAGCCUUUCUUGUCUUAACAUUCCCACACCAGCUGCCUUCUUUCAGCCUCUCUAUAACUCGCACAAUGGGAAUUUUAAGGACUGGGUUGGACCUGAUAAGGCCUGUGGCCAGCUCGGAGGAGAAGAGGCCAGCAACCCAAACAAAGUGCCUGCCAAUGGAGUUUAUGGAGUAAGUGCCCAAGAAGUGAUUUCUCAGAUCUCCUUGAAAUCUAUGGAAAACACAAAUCUGGUUGCCACAGAAGAAAAUUUUGCAUUUACCUCUAGUCCCAGUCAGCAGUAUGUCCCUGGCAGGUAUGUGAGAGCAGAAGAGAUAGAAGUGAGGCUGGCAUUGUUGCUUGCACAAAACCAUGCUGAUGAUGCAGUUGAUCGGAAAAUCUCUGAAAUAAUUAAAAGCUACCUUGAUAGCCCUAACACGGAAAGGAUUCAUUCUUCUCACUUAGAGCAUCUAGAGGGCAACUUCAUUAUGCUUCAGGAAUCUUUGGAGAUGGCAAAUGUGUCUUUCAGCAGUAGUGACUAUUGCACCUUGUGUGAUAAUGGCACCACAGGAGCUUUGAUCCCUGCUGAACUACGGAAACUCUCUGAAGGCAAUGGUCUGGUCAAACAUCAGAAUGAAGAGAAUGAUAUUCUCUGA